CGCAGAUUGGGCCAUUGGGUACAAGCGGUAUUAGGUUAGUAGCGGCGGGUUCUACGAUUUUUGUGGGUGAAGGGCGAUGAGCGGUGGUAGGUACUCAGGUACGCCAUGGUGCACUCUGGGCAGAGACAUGACGAGAGGGUCCGUACUUCGCCGGGGUCCUUGCACUGCUGUUCUUGUUCCUGAUAUAUGUUUGCUACGCCUCCCGCGUUGACAUGCUGGGUGUCAACUCCUUCGGAUUCCUUACUCAAGUUCUUUGUUCGGGGUUGUCCCUCCGCACGGUCUUUCCCUUGACUACAGUACCUGGAUCUCUGUCUUCUGGUCGGAGAGACUUACUCGACACUCCUUUUCUGAACAGUACAUUGGACCAAUUGCCAUCAUGGGUGCCGAUGAUUUGAGACCCCAGGUAAUGGGUGUCAUGAUCGCCUUUUGGGUCCUCACAUGGGUCAUCGUUGGAUUGAGGGUAUAUGUCCGUGCUGUCAUGAUCAAAUCCUUCGGCAGGGACGAUGUCGCCAUGAUUGUCGCGCUAUUACUAUUCACGGGAUAUUUAUCAUGUCAAGCGGCGGCUGUAACACAUGGUAUUGGACGACACCGCAAGGAUAUCCCCCAUGAGGACCUACACAUUGGAUUCGCUGCCUGGAUGUUCGCUGAGGUCUUCUAUACCGCGUCGGCAUCAAUUUUGAAGGUUGCCGUCGGCCUUUUCCUCGAACGCAUCACCCAAAACAAGAUGCACAUUUUGAUCAUCCGAAUUAUGAUGGCAGCGACCAUGCUUAUCGGUACGAUAUACCUCCUCGUCGCAUUGUUCCAGUGCACGCCUAUCUCAUUCUACUGGGAUUUCUCGGAAAAUGCCAAAGGCCACUGUAUCAGUCCUAUGGUUUUGGUCGUCAUCUCCUAUAUUGCAUCCGUUCUCAACGGAGCAGCCGAUUUCUUCUUUGGUAUCCUACCGAUCUUCAUCGUCAAGGAUCUCAACAUGAGAAGAAACACCAAGAUCGUGGUUGCUGCUAUUCUUGGCUUCGCUGCUAUCGGAUCUCUUUCAACUCUGGUCCGCCUUCCCUAUGUCAAGCAACUUGGAACGUACAAAGGAGAAUUCCUCUACACAUCCACAUACAUUGCACUAUGGAGUACCGUCGAAGUCGGCAUUGGUAUCUCUGCAGCUAGUUUGGCUACUCUCCGCCCUCUCGUCCAGAAGUUCUUCCCCAAGCUCUUGCCCGACGCUCCUUCCUCUGGUCCCGCAAACUCCAACCUCAAAUGGUCAACCAAGCUCGGCAGACGCACACACCGCAAGGGCGACCCCCUGGACAGCGCAGAAAACGGCGGUCGCAACCAGCAUACUGUCGUCACCACUGUCACUGGCGCACGGCCUCUGUCAAACAACCAUGACAACAGCAGCGAGGAAAACAUCUUCCCAGGCGAGAGUGACAGAGAUAUGAUGCCCCUCAAGACUUGGGAUCACGGAAUCAGUAAGAGUGUGCAAGUCACGACUACAGAGGAAAGAAAUGCAGGGUCGAGAUCAAGUGCAUCGAUCGAGGAUGGCAAGGAUUACUUGUCUGAUGACACUGCUGUUUACGAGCGCGUGUAGUCCUUGCAUUCUGAUGGCCCUGGUGGCUUUCUCUCGUUCUGCAUAGCGCAUUAAAAGCCUUGUUUGUUUUCACUCUUGACGUCUUCUAGCACUCCUGCAUUUUCCUUUCCUCUUCACACUGGCAUCGACAGAACAGAAUCCUUAGAGAUACCCCCCAACCGAUCUAGACUAUCUACAUACCUAAUAUUCAGUCAUUUCCUCCU